AGGAGGAGGAGGAGGAAGAGGAGGAGGAGGAGGAGGGGGAGGAGAGGAGAAGGGAACAAGAAUGAACGCGGUCGAAGGGGACAGGGGAGGGAAAGGAGGAGGAAGAGGAGGGGGGGGCGGAGGCAAGGUGGGAAGGGCAGGAGGAGGAGAAGGAGGAGCAACAGCAUCAGACAAGACAAGACAAGACAAGACAAGGAAAGGCAAGGCAAGGCAAGACAAGACAAGACAAGACAAGGCAAGGCAAGACAAGGCAAGACAAGGCAAGGCAAGGCAAGGCAAGAAAAGACAAGACAAGGCAAGGCAAGGCAAGGCAAGGCAAGGCAAGGCAAGACAAGGCAAGGCAAGAAAUAA